AGUUCGUGUGCGUUUAUUGUCCUCAUCGCUUCACCCCGUUCCCUUUAUGGUGUCCAAUUCGACGAACAUGCUUUGGUCGAUUGGUGCGUCUCCAGAAGUGAUUGUAGAUAGUGCUAACGCUUAUUUACUUUUUAUUUUAUUGAAUUUAUAUGUGAAAUGCAAUAAAAAUGCUUAAAUAAUCCAAUAGUUUCAAAAAACUGUGAUAAUGAAUAACUCUAUAAUAAUAAUAUUCUUCGGGGUUUGUUUUUUGGAUAUCGUUUUUAAUUUCUCUUUGAAUCCCGCGGGUCAUAGUCAAAACGGUGAUCCGGCACCAGGUCGUUCGCCAGGUCCUCCAAUUUUUGACAACGCGGUUAAUGAAUUGGAUAGUUUGAGUAACGAAUGUCGUUUAGAAGGUAUAGUGAAAGAACAGGGAGAACAAUUGGUUAACCUGACAUUGUCUCAUGAACUUUUUGAAACUAAUGUAUUGGUUCCUGAUAUCACUUAUCAAGUUAUUUUGAAAAAAUAUAUAACAAGUUCAAUAGACUUCAUAAUAAGUUCAUCAUUUGAUGGAGAUCCCUUCGGAGAGUUUUCAACGUAUCAAGAUUGCGGACCUCAUAUAGUAAAAAGUGGGCUCACGUCCGAAAUUCUUUACUUGAAUUGGACAUUUCAUCCUAAGAAAGAGAACAACAAAUCGAAUGUUACAUUUAUGUUGGAAUAUUCCCCCAACAGAGAUCCUUUCGUGACCAAACUGAUUUAUGUGAUUCCCAUCAGGCAAGAGUGUCAAUUGCAACUCACAAAAAACGAAGCUGAGCUAUCGAAUCACGAUCUUCCACAUAUGUCUACCGACUGUCAAGUAUGGUUUCCUUCGCAGAAUAGUCACGGAUAUGGUAUCAUUGUAGAGUUAACCCGACUCAACGUGCCUUGUACAAGAGGAUAUAUCCAUUUCUCAGGUCUGAACAAUAGUGAGCGAGCUCUUAACGACACGACAAUGCAUCCGAGAAAUGAUAAACAAACUAUUCUCUGCGGAAAACUAGAAGAACUGUCCGAAGUUGAUCGGCAUGUAUACUUUCCAGCUUCUUCAGUUUUAUCGUCAACUCAAUUUUCACACACAAGACCAACUAUGCAUUUGAAAGGGAAACCAAUUUUUUCUAUUUUAUACCGCUUAGUCGAUUACUGCUAUAAUGUUACUUUCUUCGCCCGAAAUGGUUCUUUCGAGCUUCAACCUAAAGAACAGCUGCAAUGUAGCUUCAAAAUACAUCUUCCUUAUGGAAACAGAGUUGCUUUGAACUUAUGGCCAGGAAACACUGCACAUACAGGUUUUUCUAAUACAGCUAUCAACUUCCAAGAUAUAAAGAAUGACCAAGAGAAGUGUGACGGGCUGCUCAUUCAGCUUCAGGAUGGUAACUCUUUCUGGACACAUUGUACUAAGCCAGGAGAUGAACAGAGACAAAUUGAAAUUGUUUCAAGGGAAAAUAAAGUGAUUUUAAAAGUAACAAUCCGAAGAUCUUCUGCUAACAGUGGUAACUUUGGACUUAAAAUGUCAUAUCGCGCCGAGCCCGUGGAAAGUGUAGUGGGGGUGUGUGAAUUUGGGUGGAUAGAACUGAGUCCUUUUUGUAUCGGUGGGAUGGGGGGACUAAAGUUACCGUGGGCGCAAGCGGAAAGCGAGUGUAAUCGAAAAGGUGGACAUCUCGUGAGUGUUACCAGUAAAAGGCAUCAACAACUAUUAGAUAAUUUGAUAAUUAACAGCCCUGACUACAAUGAUGGAAAUGCUUAUUGGAUCGGAGCAUCAGAUAAAACGAACGAAGGAGACUUCAAGUGGUCGGACGGAAGCCCUUUUUCCUAUACUAAUUGGUUUCCGGGAUGGGCACAACAUGAUCAUUAUAACAAACAACCAAACGAUGACGGGCUCAGCGAUCAGGAUUGCAUUGAAGUUCGCAGAAAUUAUCUACUUCCCGUUUCAACUGCUGGUCUGGCCAAUACGUUUAUGUGGAAUGACCGAGAUUGUUCCACGUCGAAUCAUUUUAUUUGCGAGCGUUUAUUGAAUAAUGAGCCUCUUAAGGAAAAUGUCGUGUUACAUAAUUGUAACAAAACUGUCAUACUCUCUAGAGAUCAACCCAGAAUUUCGGUUUCAAGUCCUGGAUUCCCGAGGCAAUAUCCAGAUAAUGCUAAUUGUUUUACCAAAAUAAUUGCAUCAUCAGGCUACAAGAUCAUUUUGGAUUUUGAAGAACUAGUGCUGGAAGAUGAGAAAUCAUGUAGCUACGAUUUUCUUCAAAUACUUGAAGCUGAAAAUGACACAUCAUCUCCAGAUAAUAGUUCGACUUCAAGCAAUCGUCUGUGUGGUGAUUGGAGCUCCAAACUAAAAUUGUUAAGAUACGUAAGCAAAUCCUCCAGUCUCAAAUUGAGGUUUAGUUCCGAUUAUUCACAUCAUUUCGGAGGAUUCAAAAUCCGUAUUUCAAUGGAGAAUGCUUUUCAGUGUGCAGAUGAUCGUUUCUCUAUGUUCAACAAUUCCUGCUACCUCAUUGUCAGUUAUCCCGAAGUAACUUGGAAUACGUCGCAACAAAUAUGUCAAGGAAUGAAGGCGAAUUUAGCAUCGGUGUUAAGUUCUGAAGAGGAACGUUUUAUCAUUUCUAGUAUACGUAAAACCCCUGAAUAUCGUACAAGUGCAAUAUAUUGGUUAGGUGCUACUUCUACCUCAUCGUCUGAUUUUGAAUGGAUUGAUGAUUCUCCUAUGACUUACACGUCGUGGCUUCCCGGUUUGGCGCCUACCGAUAACGACUUACUUAGACACGUGGAGGAAAUGACUUGUCUAAGCAUACAGUGGACGCCUUUACCCGGCCCGACGUUACAAAGCGGGCUUUACUGGAAAGUACAUCGAUGCGAAGCUUUAGGUGGCUAUAUAUGUAAAAAACAGCAUCAAGUUAUGAACGCAGCAACAAAUUACAACCAGACAAUUAACGGAACGGAGGGAUCAAUUACAUCUCCAAACUACCCCAAUAACUACUACCAUAAUUUAGAUUUGUUUAUCAGGAUAUCGGGACCCGACAAAACACGGAUAGUUAUAAAAUUCAUUCAUAUUCAUAUAGAAAGCCAAUUGGAAUGUUUAUAUGAUUACAUCGAACUGAAAUCUGUUUAUAAACAUAAUCAAAAUUCUUCAAAUGAUAUUUUUCGACUUUGUGGAAAUCACGAGAGAGAUAUGGAUCGAUUUAAUUUUGUUUCAGAGACAAACGAAGUAGAUAUUAAAUUUCAUACUGAUUAUUCCAUCUCUGACAGGGGAUUUUCUUUAAUUUGGUAUACGGUAGAUGUAUCAGCUUGCCCAUUGCAAACUUUAACUGCCACAGAAGGAACGUUAACAACUCCAAAUUAUCCAGAUUUUCUUCUAGCACACUUAGAUUGCACAAUAACCAUUUUGGCUCCAACCGGUAAGAGAAUUUGGCUAGAAUUUUUUACUGGAGAAGGAGGAGUGCUGGAAAUUGUCAGCCAGUCGGAAGACUUCAAUGUGGAAAUCAUGUUGGGUCAACGUUUAUCCGUACAUCGUCUAUUUGAAACGAGUACUCUAUUAACAGAAGGUAGCUUUGUAUCAAAAAAAGAAAAAAUGAAAAUUAAACUACACACUGGUCACCAUCCUCUCGGAUCUGGCUUUCGAGCUUCUUAUAGAAUAAUUAGCGUAGUUAAAGAAGAGAAAACUAUUACAUUGGGAAAUUAUACAUCUGGAUUAGUGUUUCAUCUUAAUUACCCCGAUAGACCCCCAUCAAACACCGACUUCACGCAACAUUUCAUAGCUCCUUUGGGUAGUAUUAUUUUAUUGGAACUCUAUAACGUGAAACUUGUCGAUGCAGAUUGCAUUGAUCGAACAAGCUUCUUAGAAAUUUUCGAUAAUUAUUCUGAUAUAAAUGGGACAACUUGGAGAUUGUGUUACGAUCCUCAAAUAGAUGGAUCUCCGAUACCUACUUCCCCAAUAUAUAUUUCAUCAUAUCUAAAUACCAUUCAUUUGAGACAAGUACAUGGACCCCACGGAAUUCCUCUAAACGGAACUCUGAAAGUGCAAUUCGAUGCUAACUACAAGACUAAAUUAAUUAAUUACAAAGAUAGAGAGGUGGAAUCAUGUAAUCCAAAUCCUUGUGAGAAUGGAGGAAAAUGUAUUGCUAAGAAUUCCACAAAAUUUUGUCAGUGUACGGGAUAUUACACAGGUUUAUUUUGUGCCUUAACGAAAUGCGAGCUGGAUCCUUGUGCUUUCGGCACUUGUGAAUUGGCAGGAACUAGCUAUAAAUGUCACUGUAAACAGGGUUAUGUGGGAAUCAUAUGUGAGCAGAAACGUCGACCUUGCGAAGGAAAUCCUUGUGAGAGUCGAGGUAUCUGUAUAGAAAAAGGAGACAGCUUCCAGUGUCAGUGUCAUGCUUGGUGGGAAGGGAGGAGAUGUGAAAGAAGAAUGUUGCACAUUCCUUAUAAACCAUUAAGUGAAAGAAUGCUUCACGAACCAUUCUGGUUGGGCCUCAUGACAGUUUUUGUUGUUAUGGGAGUUAUAGGAAUGGUAUGGUGCGCAAAGAGACAUUUUCCGGAAAAAAUCGAAAAAUUGUUAGCCGAAGAGGAGAGUAGAAAUAGAAGUGCAGUAUCUUCAUUGCGAAGUUCAUCAGUGAGAGAACAAUUAGCAGCGGCAUCUGGAGGUAGUGCUGCAAACACCACGAAUCAGAAUUCAGGAUCAUCACGAUCACUCUUCGGACGCCUGGGUAUUCGAAAGCCAUCAAUUCUCAGCCUCACCAGUCCACACGCCAGCAGUUAUGAGGCCGCCACAGCUCGAACUUUUAGUUUGGACGAUUUGUUAAAACCUCCCUUGAGACGUACACCAUCGCCAAAGAAAAAGAGAAAUAAUUCUACACCAACCAAGAAAAACAUAGCUGAUAAAAGGCAAAUUCUUCAGCAACUGGUUUCUCCAAAACCCUGUGCGAAAAAAGUUAGUUUAGGAGAACUAAUACAGUUAAGUGAAAUAAAGCCUGAUUCUGAAAGUAAUGUGGCGAAUUGCAAAGACAAAGAAACCAAAUUUGUGGCUAAUACUUUAGAAGCUGCUCUCAUAGAUCCAAAACUAGAGAAGAAAGUAACUUUCGCUAGGUUGCUCAACAAAGUGUCUGCAGAGAUGAGUUCAGGAAGCGAAGUCGAAUUAGGUAUUAUGCAGACCAAUCGAUUGGGAUGUAUGUUUGCGAGACCUUCAAGUACACCACCUUCUCCAAGUGUGGAUGCAAGAUCUCCGAACAGCACUUCUAGUAAUCAAGAUUUGCUGAUCAACAGGAGACACAACAGACUUCUGAAUGGACAGCAGAAACCAGCCAGUGCUGAUUCCAUCUUAGCAAUGUUUCGAAACUUCUCUUCGAGCUCUACAGCUGCAAACUAUUCAUCAUCCUUGAAGAUAACACCUUCGACGACACCAACAGCUUCGAGUCCUCAAGAUGAUUUAGUUGGCGAUGACGAUUCAUCCACAUCUUCCAUUCACACACCUGUUUCAUUCUCUAGUGGAGUACUAGAGAGUCCAAUUAUGCAUCGUAAUACUUUACAAGGAACCAUUGAAGUACCAGUACUCGAUCCAUUGAGCGCACAUAAAUCAUCUAGUAGCGGAAGCAAUUUGUUGCAUCCACCAACCAUUUUAUUGGAAAUACCAAAUACAAUCAAUAAGUGCCUUUCGCCAAUUAGAGAAAUGCCUACUCCUUUGCCAUCACCAAUGCCUUCACCUGCUUUAACUCCAUUACCAACCAGACGCAGCAAUCCUACAUCUACUUUGGAAGACGCAGAAUUGAGUGAUGAUAGGAUCUCGGUUGAAAUACCAAAUUUUUCGAUGAGUACUGAUAUUGAUGAUGAUGAAAUUUUGUGUUCCGAUAUUCUAAUAGAUCCUCAAGCAGAAGAUGGUCUCAUCCUAGAAGAGGCUGCGGCUAUGCAACAGUCCGUCGGAUUUAAAUCGAAGAAUCGACCACCGCCAAUUGGUCAGACACAAGACAAAACUAAGCCAUCAAUAACGAUCACUGUUGAUCCACCUCCCCUCGUAAUUCCAACGUUAACGGUACAAAUGCCAUCACCAACUUUUCCAGGUUCCCCUCCCCCACAUAGAGCAUCAGUGUCAAACUCAACAUGUUUCCAGUUUCCGUCGCCAAAACUGUGUAGAAAACUGCUGAAAGAUUUUGAUAAACCUACUUCAUUAGAUUUGCCUUGUGCUCCGCCUUUGAUAACUAUUACAUGUAACAUGAACGAAAUAGAAUCGGAUACAGAAUCGAUAUCACCAGCUACAAAAACUUCCGGAGUAUUACAAGGUACUUCAGCAAGUAUGACUUAUUUAAGUCCCUUUUCAAUUAAUCAUAGAGGAGAACAUACUGCGUCGGAAAGUAACUUGAGUAGCUCUGGAUACAGCUCUAUGGCAAGCCCAGGUCCAUCUAGAUGUAGCUCCAACAAUCCUUUAUGCCCCACAGAAAUGGACGAUCAAGGACCUGGUGGGUUUAAUCGGAGGCCAUCGCUAACGCCUACAAUAAAAUUGAAUCCCAGUAAUCAGCAAAGUACUUCUCAGGACCGCGGCCGGAGAUCAGAUUCUGAAACUUUAUCUGACGAAGCUCAAGUAGAAUCUAAUGAUGAAGGGAUUGGCACAGAUCACCUUGAUGAAAAAAUAGAUGAAGGGGAGCUGAAAAGUGCUAGAGAGCUCGAAGUUUUUAUGGUUAAUGAUAAUGAAACUUGCAAAACUCUACUUAAUUUACCUACAUUCCCUACACAAAAAACCGCUAAAUGUUUGAGUUCGGAAGAUACCGUAGACAGAUUACUACCACCUUUAACGGCUAGCAAGAACUCUCUACAACUUCCGUCAAUAAUUGUACAAUGUGAGUCACCAGGAUGUGACAAACACCUUAGUCCGAUGAGUUCCAGAAGUGAAAGUCCUUUAAGUGAUCGUACAACGGGUUUAGGAAGAUUCUCACCUCAGUUCUAUGGCAGACACAAGGAUAUAUUACCUUUUACAGAUUCAGAUGGAUUAUACGACUUUCCCAGCUCAGAUAAAGUUAACGUAAUAUCAUGUACCCAUCAUAGAAAACCAGGAAGAAAAAGAGAGAAAAAAAUAUCGCGUAAUUGUAAGUCACCUAGUCCAACAAAACAUACGCAACCAACUUUUUCUAGUCAAAUAGAUAUACCUAACAAAGAUAUGUACAAAGUUCCCCAACUAAGAAAACUAAGUCCAAAACGUAGAAUCAAUCGUUCUCAAGUAGUAAGCUCAUCUUCAAGCUCUGAUAGUUUAACAUCUUCUACCAAAGAGGUGAGAUUGUCCACUUCCAGUCCCAGCCCAGAUACGAUUCGGUGGGCUUCACCUGUUUCUUGGAUGGGAGAUAAACGAGAGAAGAUAACUCAGAGUAUAUCUGAAGGAGAGUCAUUUCCAUUAACCAGGUCACAAGAUUUUCCCAAAACUUGCGGCAGUCAUCAAAAAGUUAGUAGACUGCGAGCAAUAAGUCAUCAAAUCAGAUUCUUGAGGCGACUAGAGCAAAGCCUGAAAAAACGGGAAAGAACAGUGUGCCCUUCAGACAGCUUCGACAGCGACGAUGAAUCUCCUAGAGCAACUUCCCCACUCCUUCAACCAUCACGAAGCACAAAAAUGAGAAAAAGCUGUAGUAUUGGGAAACUACAGGGAACCAAUAAAGAAAAAAUAAAAGGCAGAUACGCACGCGAAGAUAUAUUUCUUCCACUAAAACAGUCUUCGUUGAAGGUUGUUACGACAGGAAAUGGAUAUUCCGAAUAGUCCUAAACCAAACAUGGGAAUUCAGCGUGAUUAUCAAUUAAAAGAGAGUUUUACGUAAAAUAUAUUGAAAAAGGUGAACAAUCAAUAUAUUAAUAUAGUUUUUUUUAUUUUAGUCUUAUUUCUAAUAAUUAAUGUCAAAUCAUGUCGAAUUUCCAUGCAUCUGUUUAGUUACGGGUUUGAAAAAAGAAAACUUUCCAAAUAUAACGAAGCUGCACUUUCACUUAUUAUAAACACUUUUCCAAUUGUAACAAAAUGCUGACUGCACUUACUCUAUUUCAUCCACUAAUAUAAAUUAAUAAAGUUCAUUUAAGAAAGAGAAGGAUAAUUACUGAAUAUUAUACAAAGUAUACGUAAUUGAUGUAAUUUGAAUUACGAAUUUGCCUUUUUAAAAUUUUCGCAGAAGCUGACCAUAUAUAAAAAUUGUUCACAUCUAGCCUUCAAUUGAAAUAUAACGUAAUAGACAUGUAUAGAGCUUUUUCUGUCGAAUAUAAUUCAUUUGAUUUGAGUUUCUCAGAGGUUUGUAUAUUUUGAGAACAUGUUGUUCAGACUUUAGAAUUAUUGGAAAUAUUUGAUUGAUUCUUAGGUGAUAAUGAGAUAAUAUAUUUAAAUGAUUCGUAUUGUGUCUAUUUGUGAUUUCAAACAAACAGCUUUUCCAUAAAUUCAUAAUUAUAAAAGGAUCUUAUAUCAAAAAAACAAUUUUCACACUUACUCUCUGUGUCAGCUUGUUUGUUCCGAACAAAAGGCCCAUGUAUCAAGGAGUAUUUGAAGCUCCUUCUAUAUUAGGAAUUUUCAUUCAUUUUACGGGUAACUUGAAAAUAAAAUUGAAACCAAUGAAAUUGUUGAAAAUAUCUAAUUUAAAUAUAGACCAGUCGUUUUAGGCUAGGCUGCGAAAAACUUCCUCUUAAGCUCAAUUUUUGUUUACAACUUUAUUAUGGUGGAAAAUGUGAAAACCCGAUUAAAAAUAUAUCUAUUUUGAUGUUAAAAUGUCACGAAAAUCAGUUUUUCGCAUAUAUCUCGUGACCUAUUACUCCAAUAGUCAUCAUUAUGAAAAUUAUUAUUCAUAAGAUUAUCUAUAAAAAAAUGCCUUUAGUAUGUUUCAGUGAAAUAAACCGAAUUGGCAAUAGAGCGCUGAGAAAGCUAUAUUUUGAUUAUGCAUUCGCUUCCUCACAUUUUUUUACAUGGUUACCUAUUUAGACAGAAUCUAUAAUAUGAAAUUUUUCAUUUGAAUACUGAACAAUACUGAACAUUAAAGUUUUUUUAAAACUAUAUAAAAAACUUAACAUUUCGGCAUCUCUAUAGAUGUGUAAAUGUUGAAUGUUUGUCACUGCCAAAAUGCGUCACAAAAUAAACAUGAAAUUUUACUUUUUGAAAGAUUUAUUUAUAAUAUAGUAAAUUAUCAAUUGAUUUCAAAGUAUUCAUCUUAAAACAUUUUCUUUUAUUGAAAUACUGAUUGAUAGCAGUUGAAGUUCAAGCAAUAACAACAUAAAUUCCCGAAGAUGUUUCUUGUUGCUGCUGAUCAGAAACGAUAGAUAUUUUUUGAGGAGUUAGAGUAAUCAGAUAUUUUAAUUUGCUUGGAAGAAGAUGCCCAAUUCAAUAUUUUCUUUAGAAAUCACUAUUUUGUUAUACAAAUUAUCUUCAAUAUAUGAUUUUGCUCCAAAAGCAAAUUUCCAGCCACCGUGACAUUUUAUAGAUCUAAUGUUGCCCCGCGUUGGCCCGAAGAGUUACUGGUUACUUUUCUAUUUCCUACUGUUCACUAUGACUAUUUAUUAUUUCUAGAAGUUUAGAAAGUAAACAAACAAAAACAUAGAGACAACAACAAGAUCUCCCUAGAAAUUAGUUAAAAAAAAAACAAUGUAAACAGACCGCUUGCUGUGAUAAAAAUAUAUAUAAAAACAAACCUCAAACAAAUUUCGCUGUUUAUAAAAAGUAUGUAAACGGGCAAAUUUUAGAAUUCCAUUAUAACCGAGCAGGACCAGCUUUACGGCUCAUAUCGUGGACUUCGUAACAAUAAUUAUACAAUUGACUAUUCUAAAAAUGUAACUGAAGCAGAAGAAUAGUUUCAAUUCUUGACAAUCCACAAUGAUACAUGUUGUUCAUACAAAGGAUUUAUACGCUGACAUCUUCUAUUACUCAACUAAGUGUUACAGGCGAUUUGACAAUAAAAAAAGUGAAUAAUGGAUUCAUAUAUUAUCUAAAUAUCGUUUAAGGAGAGUCAAAAAUGAUUUGUUCAUUUUCUUAAUUGUGAAUAUGGGAGGAAAAUAAUGAGAUAUUUUUUCCAAAUAAGUUGUUUGAGGAUGACAUAUUUUUAUUUGAUUUCAGACUACUAAUUUUCCAAGAUGGAUUCUCGGAACAUUCUUUUAGAUCUCAUCAUUUUAAUAGAGAAACUAACACAAUACAGAGAAAUUCAUAACGAAUAUUAAUCAAUUAAAUCAAUAUUAAAUAAUUAAACCACUGAAAGUUUCAAAACAUCCAAACCUCUAUAACUGAUAUAACUGAUAUAAGUAGUGAAUAUGAAUUUUCAAAUUUUAGACGUACAAUUUUACUUGAAUUCUCUAAUAAAAUGACAAAAAGGCGGUAUAUUUCAAAAGUUGUAAGUCGUGGUAGUGGUUAACGUUGUUAAAUAGUAAAAAAUGUGGAUAUUCUAAACAUCGAACAAUCAUAGCUCUGUUUAAAAUAAAACAUGUUAUAUUUUGGAAAUAACAAUUCUAUAUUAUAUAAAAUGUAUUGCUUGAAUUCUAGGAUUUUGAGCAAAUAGAAUUAAAGAAAGUUCGGACGUUUAUUUUAAGAAUAUAGUUUUAAAUUCGAAUCUAUAUAGUCCAGUUGUUCUGUGUUAAAUAAAUGAAUGUUAAUGAUUCCUUGAGGCAUGAUCUAUGAUACUUUGAACAUCGAAAAUUAUUUAUUCUCUUUAAAUGGCUGUGUACUAUUGAUUCUCAUGAGCAGCUCCAUUAAUAGGUUUCUGAGGUUUGCCGUUCAUAUAAUUUUGACAUUUCUGCAUAAAAAUAGCUUAUUAUCAUUAAGCUUUAGUGCAAAAUUCGUGUAAGAGAGUAUAUCAUUGGUAACUGCCCAAUAACAACAUCUGAAAUCUAUUAUACAACUGAAUAAAUAUCGUGGAAGAAUUAACUCAAAAAAAGUAAUAAAAAUAAAAAUUUCUCGUAGGUUUUAUUCUUAAUAUGAAAUUUCUACUGAAAAUUAAACGCGACGUUCGGAAACUGUGAUCUAAAUUUCAUUCUGGGAAGUGAUCUAUCUAAACCAGAGUUAUACUUUUCGAAUAGUACUACAAACAUAUGAAGAUGAUCCCAGAAGUACCUGGCCCAACAAAGGAAACACAAAAAUUUUGAAAAAAAAAUAUAUUCAUUUUACAACGUAAUCUCCUUUUAGCUCCAUACACUUUUCCCAACGAUAUUCAAUAAGUUCGAUACUCUUUUUAUAAUAAGAAUCGUCAAGCUCCUAAAAAUAGCCUUUAAUUUCCUCUUCAUUGUUGUCUUUGAGCACCGAGCCACUUUUUCAAGUCUGAGAACAGAAAAUAAUCCGAGGGGAUUACAUCUGGCGAAUGUGUUGCAUGGUGUAGAAAUUCAAACUUUCCUUCAUUUAUUCUGGCCAUUACAGUAACAGAUGUGUGUCGUCUUAGUCAAAUGCGACCGUUUUGCUCACUUUUCCGCUCAAACAUUGCAAUAAGUUCGCAUGAUACUCGCCGUUGAUAGUUUUUUCUUUUUCAAGGUAGACAAUAAAAAUUAUCUAACGCGCAGCUAAAAAACCGACGCCAUGACCUUGCGAGAAGAUAGAAUGGUCUUUUCCUUCUUUCUUUCGAGCCGGUUUACCUUUUUCAGUCCAUUGUUUUCAUUGCUCGUUUGUUUCGGGUGUGGAGUGAUGGACCCACGUUUUAUCCAUGAUUAUGAAACGCACAGCUUUCUUCUGUCCAAAUUUUGAGUUAAUAUGCCAUGUACCGCUCGUGCACUUUCAUACAAAAAUGGUCCCAGUAUACAGGUGAAAGUAAUAAAAGCUUGGAAGUGGAAAUAAGUUUUAUCUCAGCAAUAUUUGAUGCCUUUCAAUGCUAGUUUAAGCCUUAUUAGAAUAUAAUUCUAGAGCUAUAUAUUCUUUGCUCUAUAAUAAUCUAUAAUUCUAUAAAUAUAAUCAUUAUUCUAAAUUAAAUAAGAUUUUUACGAAAAUAGUAUGCGUAUUUUCAGGGUCCUAAUGCUGAUCAUAUAAAUCUUACCAUUUUUUAUCUAAAAAUUAUAAAAUAUAUCUGGUCAAGACACCUGGUAUGUCCCCUAUAAGUCGGCGCCAAUUAAUAGAAAAGAAUCAUUCUACUUAUUUUUAAAACACUUCUCAUUAGGAUAAAUGUUAAAAAUAAGUUAAUAAAUAAUUCUUUCUUUAUUUUAAAACGUAUUCCUUAUCAAGAUACCAAAAAUUUCUAAUGAUGUCAUAUAAACAGUUUUAAAAUGCUUUUGAAAUUAAAACGUUCAAACUUUCUUUUUCCAUUUUACUCAAAAAAAAUGCUCAAUAUAUGCGGAGAGUUCGAGCAUCCUUGCUUACGUGUCGCUCAUCAUAGGCCUUAUUUAAUAAAAUUACUAUUAAAUUAUUUUUAUAACAAUAUGCCAAAUAUAUUGUUAAUUUCAGUUAUAAGACCUUAUGAUUUUGUUCAUUUUCACUUACUUCCCUUGCUAUUAAUGCAAAUAUUUUUUCACUCUUAUGUUAAUAUCUGAUAGGUAUUUGAUUAUUUGUUUUGUUUUAUUAAAAGAUUAUGGUUAUUAUAAUUGAUGUCCUAAAAAAGACUGUUUUAUUACACUCUCCAUAUAUUUAUAAACUUUUUAUUAUACUGAAAUUAUACAACGAUAGGAAAGUAAACAGAAGAACGUCUUUGUUAAGAAAAAUUUUCCUACCCACAGGAUUGGAAGAUUCUUAUAAGAAUUAUUAACUAAUCACAGAGCAAGCAGAGAGUGUUCGAAAUAAUAUGUAUCAUCAGUACUUUUCAGUUGAGAAAAAACUAUAAUAGUUCAAGGAAGGAAGUUUUAAGUGCCAAGUAUUUCCAUGAUAUUCCGAUUAUAAUAGAAAAUGGAACUUGAAAGGGGAUACUUCAAUAUGAUCCAAGUUUUGAGGCCCAUCGAUUAUGGAAUGGCUAAAUAAUUAGAGCAAAAAUAUGAGUAGGAAAUGUUAUUUUCACUUCUGCUACUUCAGUCUUGGUAAUUAUGUAGCUAGCUCUCUAAAAUUCGUAUUUUGUAUUAUGAAUCAUGCAUCAAUAAACGAUAAUUAAUUUAAUAAAAUUGUUAUUUGGCAUAUUGAAUAUUUUUACCCAUUUUUAUCAAAGAAAAAACAAAUAUAUAAAAAUUUGUCCAAUUAAAUAUAAUUGUGAAUAAUAUUUUGAAUGAUAUGAGUAUUUUUACUGCAUUAGGCAGCGCGUUAAAGGCUAGUAUAUGAGACUGAUUUUCUACUAAAAUUUUAACUACUUCUUAUUAUAAAUAUUACUAGUGCUGCACUCUUUUUGAUUACUAUUACUCUUUUCACUCAUAUAUAUUAUAGAUUUUAUGUUAGUAUUUAAGAAUUAUACUUUGUGGUCUGAUAUUUUUAGCUCAGUACUUUCCAAUCGAUGAUUUUUAUGUUAUUAUUUCAAUCUGUUAACCCUCAUCUUUUAUUUCUUUAAACUGAAUACACUGUCUCUAAAGACGAUAACUUGGUUAUCGAAACGCGCGUCAGACAGUGUAGUCAUUAUGAAUAUCUCCAACGGUUCCAGAAAUUCCAACCUAGCUUUCUUGCUUUGUACAACCAAAGUUGUUUCCAGAGUCUCCUUUGAGUUUCCAAUAACUUUCUUGGUUCUGUUCAACCAAAUAUUAGAAUUAUUAGAUAUAUUCUAGAAAUUAAACAUUUAUAUUUGCCAGCAUUUCAUAACAACACGUCUUGUACGUGAAAUAAUAUCACCUUGAAUGCAACGAUAAUCGAUGUUAUUAUUAACAAAAUUGAUUACAUAUUUAUUACAUAUUACAACUAUCUAUUCCCUUUGCGAUUUAUGAUGAAAAUAAUUUUGCUGUAUCGCCACUUAUGUUUGAGGAAAGAAUUUUAAGGUAUAUAAAAGAAUUUUAAUACUACUCAAGGGUUCUCAUCGAUUAAGUACAUUAACUUUUUUUUUGGUGUAUAUGAUUAAAUAUAUUAGAACAGGAAUUUUUGAACUUAACGCAUGGUCGACAAUAAGUUAGGAAAAUGAACGUUGUCGACCUAUACAUUUCGCAGCUUUAAAUGCCUAUAACUCACAAACGAGAAGUCGUAUGAGAAAUAUUUUUUUAAUCAAAGCAUUAUUUUUACUCACUCCCGAAUUUUCUACCGUCCCAAGUCACGGAACACCCUGUAUAUGUAGAUUAAUUGCGACAUCAUAUGUAUGUAUUCGAUAACUUGGAAUUCAGUUGGAAAAAAAAUUGAAAAACGGGCAACUCGCAUAUAAGGUAAAUUAGACUAAACCACUUUUUUUUCAUCUUAUUUUGAUAAUAUCAAAUCCAAUUUUUUGCCUUCAGUAAAAUCCUUCAAAAACUUUUUUUCUAGAAGUGAUUCCCCAUCGAAUGAGCUAUUGCUCAUAUUUUUGGGAUCUUUAUCUCUAUUUUCCAAAUUUUUGAGACAACUUGUUGAGACAUCAUUAAAAUUUAUUACAUGAAAUGUUAUUUAAUCUAUUGAGUGCCCGCAUAUCAAUGUUCUUUAUUUAAUGAGAUUUACUAGGAAAGCUUGAUUUUCUGUCACCAAAACUACUAUAGCAAACUGCUUAAAAAUAUUUAGUAAAAAUAUUUAGAAAUUGAUCCUGAAUCAGCAACGACAAUUAUCAAUAGCCAGCAUGCAAAGAAUUUAUAAACAUCGACAACGACUUACUAGUUUAAAGAAAAUUUGCUGAAAGCGAUACUGACCAAGACUUCACGUCUUCUCCAUUGGAUAAAGAAUGACGAUGAAAUUGGCGCGGAAGUAAAUUUAGUAAAAAUUAAGUACUAAAAACUUUGCGCAGUUAUUUUGAAAUAAUAUCUAUUGGUAACCAAACCAUUUUUGAUCAAAUUUAUAAUAUCAAAAAACAUCUGAUAGCUGAAACUUCAUAAAAAAACCUGCUUCAAUAUUUUUGUUUAUUACAUACAUAAAAUGUUUAUAUAACAUGUUAUUUUAUUUAAUAACCGCACCUCUAUAACUGAAAUAACCUGUAUUCUGACCUCUAUUAAUGGAACCCCCUGUAAAUAAGACAGAUAUUAACAGGAAGAGCUCUAUAAUUGAAAUCAAUUUGCAGGUCAUUUGAUGUUUCACUAAAUCAGGUUUCACUGUAUAUUACGUCUGUUUGUUGUCUUGCUCUAAAUCAAGUGGCAUUUAUAUAAUUCACCAAGGUGUAUCGUUGCUUAACAAGAUCCGCUGUUAUCGUGCUAGUACAUAUUUAAAUAAUAUAUAUAACUUUUAAUCUGACAUUUUAUAGUGAAAUAUUUUAAAAAAUACUAAAAAUAAUGUAGAACACAGCUUUCUCCAGAAACUUUGGAAUCUGUUUAAUAAAUUAUAAGUAAUGAUUAAAAAUAUCGGAUCACAAAAUCUCACUAUGAAAAAAUGCUGGAAAAGCUAAUCGCAAAUCUAGUUUAUAGUUCAGAAAAAUAUAAAGUAUUUGCAACUGUAAAUAACCUCACUACAAAUGUAGUAAAUUGCAACAAAAUUAUUUUAAAAUGUUUGUAGCUUUGUCAUUAAUUGUGUGUGGAAACAAUAAUUUUAUUCAACCAGUAAUUUUGUAUGUUGUAAUUAAAACACUGUGAUAGAUUUCUGAAUUGUCACUUUCAGAACGUUGUACCUUUACAGCAAUAUAUUAUACUAAGUGGGAGCAAGAAGUCUAUUGGCACAAUCAAAGCAAUUCAAUAUACCUAAUACGCAUAUUGCACUGUUCAAUUCGACCAAUUAGUCAAAGCAAAAUUAUAUUCUAAAAUAUUAUUAUUUUUUGUGGGCUGAUAUGCAAUAUUGAAUAAUUCUAAACAAUUAAUGAAAUUUUAAAAAAGUCCUUCACAAAAAUAAUAUAUAACCAAAGUUUGACAUCGCCAUUUAACUACCUAACUCAAAACUCCGAACAUUACUUGAACGUGUUAUUUCUUAAGUAAAUGAAAAUUGAAUUAAAAUGUUGCAACUAAUGUGUGUUGCUUAAUUUAGGAAGCUCCUGUACAAUGCAACUAUUUACAUUUUUUUUCAUUUAUUUCAGUUAACAGCUAACUAAUAUUGCAAAAUGUUUUAAUAGUGUUGAAGACGAUAAACUCAGAAUCAAAGAUCAGUUCAUUCACAUCCAGUACUUGCGAUGUGAUAUUCAAUAUUUUGAGAUUUCACUUCAAAAUAUCCUUAAAAUAUAUUUUUCUAAUUAUUAACUUUUGAUAACAAUUAUCCAUUCAUUACCACACGAAUAUCAAAACUUUUUGUCUUAAUCAUCAAAGUUCUUGAUUAAACUCAUUAAAUGAAGAACACAGUAAUCGACAAAAUUAAUGAAAAAAUUUGUUCACACAUUCGUUCCAAGAUAUUUCGUCUUGACUAACUAACUAAAACCCAACUAUAUGGAUUAAUUUACAAAUUUUAAAGUAUAUAUUCUUUUAUCACUUUGCUACAAUCAUAAAUACCGUUAUACUUAAAAUUCAUCGAGCCAUUUUUUCAAGAACAGAAAAUAAUCUGAGGGCGCUAAAUCUGGCGAAUAGGGUGCACGAGGUAGCAAUUCGAAAUUUAAUUCAUUAAUUUUGGCCAUUGCAAUAACGGAUGUGUGAGCUAGUGCAUUGUCUUGAUGAAACGGUCUUUGCCUUCUUUGGAGCCGGUUCUCCUUAUUCAAUCCAUAGUUUCAAUAUAUUUUACUGUAAAUUAAUGUGUUUAUUUAUUCAUUAGCGGCAUUUAUUAUCAAACCUCGAACUUUUUAAGUAGAAAUUAAGCGCAGUUUUUUUUACACCGUUCCAAAUAAUAGAAGUACCUACAGUGACAGUAUUGACGACUUUUACAAAAGAUUUUUUCAAGGAAUAUGUUUGAUGAUAACUUAAUUAGAUACUGGUUAAUACAGAUAACUUCAUUGGAGUCAACUCGAAAUAUACUGGAACUACCCAUGGAACAUCCAUAGAACAGAUUCAUAUAUAUUCUGCAGGAAUAGUUUAAAUCAUUUUUAUCAUUUAAAAAAAAUGUAUAUGCAUUUGUGUUUAAGAAUUAAUAGAACGGAUGGAAAUAGUUUGAGCCAAGAUGUAUUAUAAAUAUCACAAAAUUUCUCAAUUAAUAUCCAAAAUCAAAGUAACAGAAUUUGUAAGUUUUGUUUCAACAUUAAUGGAAAAUUUAAAGUUUAUAAAUCAAUAGCGUCAAAAUGAAAAAUUUGGAAAAGGUUAAAAUAGUACGUUUAAAAACAUACUUACUUUGAAAAACAUAUCCCUCAAUGAAUUAUACCCAUAAUAACAUUGAAAAAUUUGAUACAUAUUUUUUGAUGAAUAAGAAAAUUCCAUUGUCAGAAAAUCAAAAUUACAUACCAUUGUUGAAGCAAUUAUUAAAAAUAAUUUUGUUACUUUGCAUAUAGUUUCAAAAAUUGUUCAAUUCCCCAGUUGCCCAAUUCUGGUAUAAUGAAAGUACUUAAUUAUGAAGGCGAUGCAAACGAAAUCAGGAAUGAAUAAACUUGGGACAAAUAUUAACUUUUCUACCAAUAGGCGUCACUGCACUAUUAAUUAAGAUUAAUUAAGUUUCUGAAAUGUUCGUGUGACUUUUAUCUGAAAAAAAAAUAAACACUUUGUUCUGAUAUAAAA